UCGGAGUUAAAGUCUGAGUCGGAGUGAGGGGGAGGGAUGUGGGGGCUUCUGGUGCUGCUGCUUCUCUGGGGCAGUUGGGGGGGCAGCGGGCGCCUCAUUUACCCCUCGGGUCUCCUCACGGUCCGGCGGCAGAAUCACUUGGGGUCGGGUCAGGAGGGGGGUCGCGCUGGGGAACAGAGAGGAGACACCGGGAACAGAGGGAAGAGCGGGGGUCGCAGACUCACCUGGGUCAGGACUGAGGAUUCUCGGGCGGACGAGCAGGACUGGAUCUCCGGGAAUCGGCCGAGGAAUCCCGACAAAGUGACCGCAAUGAGGGACGAGGAUUCGGAGAGAAGAACGAGGUUCCGGGCGGAGGAGUUUGAGCUCAAAACCAACAGCUUCUCCCUCACCGGAGACUCGGCCCAUAACCAGGCGAUGGUCCAUUGGUCCGGCCACAACAGCAGCGUGAUUCUGAUCCUGACAAAGCUGUACGAUUACAACCUGGGGAGCAUCACGGAGAGCUCGUUGUGGAGGUCAACGGAUUAUGGGAGGACAUACGAGAAGCUGAAUGAUAAAGUCGGGCUAAAGACCAUUCUCAGUUACCUGUACGUGUGCCCCACAAACAAGCGCAAGAUCAUGCUUCUAACGGACCCUGAGCUAGAGAGCAGUCUGAUGAUAAGUUCAGAUGAAGGGGCCACUUACCAGAAGUAUCGGCUCAAUUUCUACAUUCACAGCCUCCUCUUCCACCCAAAGCAAGAAGAUUGGAUCCUGGCCUACAGCAUAGAUCAGAAGCUAUUCAGCUCAGCAGAAUUUGGCCGACGUUGGCUCCUGCUCAGUGAGGCUGUGGCACCAAAUAGAUUUUAUUGGACCGUGACCAUUUCUAGCCGGGACUCGGAUCUGGUGCAUCUGGAGACUAAAACUGCAGAAGGGCAUGCCCAGUACAUCAUGUGCCGAAUGUCCAACUGUUCGGAGGCAGCGAGGGGGAAGCCGUUCCCGGGAUUCAUAGACACCAACUCGCUCAUCGUACAGGAUGAAUAUGUGUUUGUGCAGCUGACAUCAGGAGGAAGACCCCAUUACUUUGUGUCCUACCGACGGGAGCCCUUUGCACAAAUGAAACUGCCCAAAUACUCCAUGCCAAAGGACAUGCACGUUAUCAGCACCGACGAGAAUCAGGUGUUUGUGGCCAUUCAGGAGUGGAACCAGAACGAGACCUACAACCUCUACAUAUCGGACACGCGGGGGAUAUUUUUCACUUUGGCUCUGGAGAAUGUGAAGAGCAGCCGUGGCCCCGAGGGAAAUGUAAUGAUCGACCUGUACGAGGUAGCAGGGAUAAAGGGAAUGUUCUUGGCUAAUAAGAAGGUUGGCAGCAAAGUGAAGACUUUCAUCACGUACAAUAAGGGGAGAGACUGGAACCUGCUACAGGCCCCCGACUCUGAUCUAAAAGGAAACGCAGUCAACUGCCAGCUGCCGUACUGUUCCCUGCACCUCCAUCUGAAAGUGUCGGAGAAUCCCUACACCACCGGGAAUAUCGCCAGCCGGGAUACGGCCCCUGGGAUUAUUGUGGCUUCAGGGAAUAUUGGAUCGGAGUUGACAGAGACAGAGAUCAGUAUGUUCAUCUCAUCAGACGCCGGCAAUACAUGGAGACAGAUCUUUGAUGAGGAGCACAGUGUCCUGUUCCUGGACCAAGGGGGGGUUCUGGUGGCCAUGAAGCACACGUCCCUCCCCAUCCGACACUUAUGGCUGAGUUUUGAUGAGGGAAGAUCAUGGAGCAAAUACACCUUUACUUCUACUCCACUGUUUGUUGAUGGUGUUUUGGGGGAACCCGGAGAAGAGACGCUCAUUAUGACAGUUUUUGGCCAUUUUAGUCAUCGAUCCGAGUGGCAACUGGUGAAAGUGGACUACAAGUCAAUAUUUGAGCGCCGUUGUUUCCCAGAGGAUUAUUUGCUGUGGCAGCUCCAUAGCCAGGGGGAAACGUGCAUUAUGGGGGCCCGCAGAACCUACAGGAAGAGGAAGUCAGAGCACAAGUGCAUGCAGGGCAAGUAUGCAAGAGCCGUCUCCUCGGAGCCCUGCGUGUGCACAGAGUCAGACUUUGAGUGCGAUUAUGGGUUUGAGCGCCACAGUAAUGGGCAAUGCUUGCCAGCAUUCUGGUACAAUCUGUCCUCACUGUCCAAAGACUGCAGCCUCGGGCAGAGCUACCUGAACAGCACUGGUUACAGGAAGGUGGUCUCCAAUAACUGCACAGAUGGGGUGCGAGAGCAGUACACGGCCAAACCACAGCAGUGCCCCGGGAAAGCGCCGCAUGGCCUGCGAAUCAACACUCUGGAUGGGAAGCUGACGGCAGAACAAGGACAUAAUGUGACUUUUGUUUUGCAGUUGGAGGAGGGUGACGUCCAUAAAACAAAUAUCCAAGUUGAUUUUGGAGACGGAAUUGCAGCUUCUUACGCCAACCUUAGCGCCACUGAAGAUGGCAUCAAGCACGUCUAUCAGAAUGUGGGCAUCUUCCGAGUGACAGUGAAGGUGGAAAAUAACUUGGGCUCAGACAGUGCCCUCCUCUACCUGCACAUAACAGCCCCCCUGGAGCACAUUCACCUCCUGGUGCCGUUCGUCAGCACAAAGAACAAGGAGAUCAACGCGUCGGUGGUUCUGUGGCCGAGUCACGUUGGCACCGUCACCUACGUCUGGUGGUUGGGCAAUAACAGUGAGCCAAUCAUUUCCCUGGAGAGAAUCAUCUCUUUCACCUUCUCUGCUGAAGGAAUGAACAGUAUCACAGUGCAGGUCACGGCCGGGAAUAAGAUUCUGCAGGAUACGAAGACGAUCGCUGUGUAUGAACAAUUCCAGUCCCUGCGUCUUUCCUUCUCACCAAACCUGGAUGACUAUAAUCCUGAUAUUCCCGAAUGGAGACGAGACAUCAGUCAUGUGAUUAAGAAAUCGCUUCUGUCCGCCUCAGGCGUAAACAGUCAACAGAUAUUAGUCGAUGUCCUUCCCGGACUUCCCACCUCUGCCGAACUCUUCAUUUUGCCCAACCAAUGGGAGACUGGGGAAAAUAAGAAGAAUUCCGAAGAUCUGGUUCAGAUUUCCGACCUUUUCAUCAACAAGUUGCACCAAGAGUUGGCUCAUUUUGAGCUGAAGCCGGGGGUCCGAGUCCUGGUACACGCCGCACACCUAACCGCAGCUCCAUUGGCGGACCUGUCUCCCAGUCACAGUGGUUCUGCAAUGCUGAUGCUCUUGUCCGUGGUCUUUGUGGGACUGUCUGUCUUUGUCAUCUAUAAGUUCAAAAGGAAAAUCCCUGGAAUUAAUGUUUAUGCACCAAUGCAGAAUGAAAAAGAGCAAGAGGUGGUCAGUCCAGGCAGUAACAGUGAAAACACUGACCCUCAAAAUCAGCCGCUGGGCAAGUUGGAAACACAGCCGUAGGAAGUAUUUCCACAGUUGCUGAAAUACAAAGCACAAACAACAACCCAACCUACGUAAACGUUUGAAUGGGAAAGAAACAUCCCAUCAUCUCCUGGACUAUUACAAUCCUUCAAACUGUGGUUUUUAGCUUUAAACCUGCACAAGAAGAUGCACCAAGACACGCAGGUUCCACCUUUUUUAGGAAUCUUCUAUUCAACACGACUUGUGUCUGUAGAUAAUACAUUUCCUUUCCGAAACAUUGCAUGUUUUCCCUUUUCCAUCCAUCUUUUGUGCCUCAGACAGAGGAAGAAGGGGUAAGCCUUUUUGGGUUGAUGUUAGUUUGAGGAGCCCUGGACAGAAGCUAAGGUGGUCAUCUGCUGGUAGGUUCGAUGAUGUUUUUACUGUGGGUGGAUAGGGCAGAAUUGUAUAUAAUACUUUAAAAGAAAAGCAAUGUAUACAUCUUCAGAAAGGAUCAUUGUAACAUCACUUUCACUAUCUCUGGGAACUUAAGAAAAUCUUUUGUAAACUUGCGUUUACGGUGAUCACUUGCGGCACAAACAUUCAAGUUUUAUGUAACUCUUUGUAAUGUUGUGUUUGUGGGAUGGCAGAGCUGGAUUCUCCUGGAUGCCAAAGUAGAUUUAUGUGCCAGAUAUUUGUAACUUGCCCCAAGCAUUCAGAAGAUUAACCUCCUGAAGGAUCUCAGAGUCCUCAUCAUGUUCGGAUGUGAGUUUUGACAACCUACGAAAGGAUUCUAAGACUUGAACUCAUUCAGUUUGAUCUGAUUUCUCUUUGGGUGGCUCUGUGGGUACAAGAACAGCCCCAACAUUAAUGCUCGAAAGAUAAGAAAUAUAAAUGUAGAACAAGUGAGAGGCAAUGAAGACUUGUGCGGUUCCUUCCUCUGCUAUUAUUGCCUUUCUCUGUCUCCCAUUGUAACACUCGCUGUUCCUCUGUCAGCAACUCUAUUUCCCAAUGUCCCCGGCCAUUGUCUGAGGAAGAAUAGAAACCUUUAAAUUGGAUGAUGCUCAAAAUCAGUUCUUGAACCCUGUCAGUCUGGUGGAGAAUGCAUAAAAUGCUGGGCACAAUAGGAUAUAUUCAGGCUAUUGUGUGAGCCUGGCAGUUAUUUUACUUGAUGUGAUACAAAGAGUAUUCAGUGUGUGUCAGCAGAGUUUCUGUAAUACACAGAUAGGGCGCUGAUAAUCCCAUUGGACACAGAGGCUAAGAGCCUUUCACCCAAUACUGUGCCCUUCUCUUCUUUAUCACUUACUGUAUUUAUUUGUCAGGUCAAUAUAGACUUGGUUUCACAAAUGCCAGACCCCUAAUCCCCAAUGCUAAGAGCAAACACACAAUAAUCACAGAGUUUGUUCAUUUCCACUCAGAUUCCCUGAGGGUUCAGCACUGGAUUCUCUCCUGCGUGGGCUGAUUUCAUCUUAAUUAAUCCGUAUAUAGUACUGGUAUAGCCCCAAUAUCUCCCGUCUUCCUUCACUCAAACAAAGACCAGGUCUGGUUGUAGGGAAGACACAAGGGCAUUUGCUGUUGUGUCCCACCAAAUGAAGAGCCACAUGGGGGAAAUAAAGGCAAAAAUACAGGGUAGGUCUAAUAUUUCACUCUGGACAUUGUAAAUAUCCCCUCAUCCAUUCCAAUUUCCCUCUCUCAGAACACUGAAAUAUUUCAAUCCCUCCCCCACCCGAUAUUUAAUAAAAAAAGGAACAAUUGCAGCCUAUUUCUGUAUUUAUCAAUAAACCAUGUGCCAAAAUGCUAGAACUAUUUGUGCAGGUGAUUUUUAUAGCUAUAUAUAUAAUAUAAACCAUCAAUUAUUCAUAUGUUUUAUUUCCUGUGCAUGUUCUGCAAAUGGAACACAAAUGACUGUUGAAUGACUUAGAAUGAGUAGAGACGAUGAAGACGAAGGUUUAUCAAAGCUCAAAGUGUUUCUAGGAAAGUGAUAUGGGGGAGGUUGGUCAGAUUUUGGCCAUAGAUAGAGGAAUGGGUCAUAUGGUCUGGGCACACAACAAAGGUAACUCUGUUUGUAUGGAACCAACAAUCACCUUUUUUAGCCUUUCUCUUCAUUCUGGGUUGAAAACAUCAAAGUCAGAAAGAAGUGAAAUGUCAAUACAGUAACAGAGAAGAAAAAUGUUAAAUCCCAAGUCAAAAACUCAAGUGACCUGAAUAUUUUGUAAAAUUUUAAUGAAUUCUUUUCAUAUUUUGUCCAUAUUUUUUUUAUCCGUGGAUGGAAAUAUUGGAUUUGGUAUAGGCCGGUCCAUGUUCUAACUGUGUGUUGGCCAAUAGAUUGGUCUAACCUUGUGAAUGUUCUAAUGGUCUUGUGACCUACAGGUUGGUGUGACCCACUGGGUUCUACAGAUUUCUUUUGACAUUUCAAAGUUGUGGAACACAAAAAAGCAAUUAAGAGAUGUUCAGACUUCAUUAAAAGUUCAUUUGAUGAGAGAGGGGGCUUCGAGAGUAGGGAUGUUCAAGUCACCCUAAUACAUGUGGGCAUGAGUAAAGCAUCUUAAUACAAUAUAAUUGAGGGUGUAUGUAUCCUGGAUGUUCUGCCUAUAAUAUAAAAGUAUUAUAUAAGUAUAUUUGCUUUACUAAUGCCCAUUCUCUUGUUCUGCUUUUUAGAGGCCACGAAAAAAAAAGAACAAAAUAUUUCAUUUUUCAAUAAAAAGACAAGGUUGGUACAAAGCCUUGAGCUUUGAUAAACCUACCUCAGAAUUUCCCUCUAGCAGGGGGGUAUGUAGCACUGGAGCUGAAUCCAACCCCCACUGGCAGAGUAAAGCUAUUGAGCCCCUAUAGUCCGGCAGCAUUUUGUUUCAAUGUGUAACAUGUUCCAGUCACAUCCCUUGCCACAAAUUUGUAGAAAAGACAUUCUUGAAUAAAACAUAUUGGUAUUUA